CCUGUUUGUAUUUCGGCGGCGCGGACGUGCGCGUCGCCGAGGAGCCUUUGUGUGGCGGCGUAAAGCAACGCGGCGAGGAGAACCAUGGCUGACGAGAAACCCAAGGACGUGAAGACAGAAAACAAUGACCACAUUAACCUCAAGGUUGCGGGUCAAGACGGCUCCGUGGUACAGUUCAAGAUCAAGAGGCACACGCCGCUCAGCAAACUCAUGAAAGCUUACUGCGAGCGACAGGGCUUAUCGAUGAGGCAGAUCAGGUUCCGGUUUGAUGGGCAGCCGAUCAACGAGACGGACACACCUGCACAGUUGGAAAUGGAAGAUGAAGAUACGAUUGAUGUGUUUCAGCAACAAACAGGGGGCCUGUACUGAUGGAAACAACCUGACCACGGAUUUUUUUGGGGGGGGGGUUUUGUUGCUCAUUUUCAGAACUGUUCCCAUUACCAACACCAGGAAAAAAGUCAGUACAAAGUUCGAAAGGUUUUCGCAGUUAUGCUAAAGUACUGUUGUAUAGUGUUUCCAUUCUUCUGUUUUGUUUUAAUUUUUUUUUGCUUUGUACAUAAAUAAAAAAUAACCGCAGUGUUGAGGCACACACACACACAUAUUCAGAUGCUGAAAUGUAGCUUUUCAAUAGCGGCCCUUGUCACAUUUGACCAAAAGGAAUGCUAUUUAGGUGGCUGGGGUUUGCUAGUGGCUUCACCCUGAAAUUAGCAGCCCAGUAAGUUAUUUUUUUAUCUCAUUCUGUGGGAGUUGAGAUUGCAAGCUGACUGAUUACUGCUUUUCUUUUUAUUGUAUCAGAAUGAAUACAUUUUUUUUUUAUAUUGUAGUAGUUACAUGUAGAAUCUUUUGUCUUAAUAGUAGUUUGAUUAGAAACAAAAUCUAUAAUGGGUUUUUAGUCAAGUCAAACAUCUGUGUUUAAUAAAUUUCUUGUUAAAAUA